GAACAAGCCCCAAAUCACCAAAACGGGUCAGCUCGAUUAAAAUAACACCCACGUCGUUUUGCCGCCGUGCAAUAUGUACACGACACGCUCGCGGAUGCGUCAAUGUUAUAGAGGAGUGAAUGUUAUUAUUAUUGUUGUGUGUUAAAGCCGGUGCCACACGUGUAUACAUCCGGGUCGGUUUCCCACCACCCGCUUUGAGGCCACGUCAGAGCAACGCUAAAAGGGAGGGGGGUGGGGGAAGUCACUUUAAUUGAUUUCUAUUAACCCAUUCAACAUUAAAUUUCCGUUCGUUCGAAACAACAACAACAACGGUUACAAUUCACAGUUAACCAGACAUAUCUAGCUAAACAACAAUAAUAUCCACGCUUCAAGACUUGCUCGCCAUGGCGUCUGAGAAUCUGAGACGUCAACUGGAGUCGUUCCUACACAAGCUGGGCAUCGAAUUCGACUGUGUGGAACACCCCGAGGUGUUCACGGUGGACGAGAUGAUGCCGCAUGUGAGCCACCUGCUUGGCGCCCACACCAAGAACCUGUUCCUGCGAGACAAGAAGCGCGGUGGCCUGUGGCUCGUCACCGCCCUGCACGACCGCUCCCUGCCGCUCGGCUCGCUCUCAAAGCGCCUGGGGCUCGGCUCGGGCUCGCUGAGGUUCACCGACGAGCUGGCCAUGCGCGAGGCGCUGGGCGUCGGUGCAGGCUGUGCCACCGCGCUGGCGCUGUAUCGCGACUCGGCCGAUUUCAACGCCCCCGGCGAGCCCGGCAGCCGCCCGAAAGUAACUUUCGUGCUGGACGCCGAGAUCGCGUCCGAGCAGGGUCCGUACGAACGAGUUUACUGCCACCCGAUGAGCAACGCGGCCACGCUCGGCAUGCGGACGCCGGACUUCAUGCGCUUCGUGCGAGCGACGGGUCACGAGCCGGUGAUUGUCGAUUUUUCGGAUCUCAAGUGACCGAUUGCAUAUUUGCGUUUUUGUUGUUGUUAAAUCACGGUUGCUGAGCCCCAAUAUGCCAAGCGGUCGGCAAGAUAACUUUACUGUUGAGGUUGUUAAUAGGUAAAAAUUAAUGCGUUUCUUGAAUUGAGCAAAGCUUGUAAAAUGUGGGAAAAGGGACGACGGGAGGGAUUUUUUGAGUCGAGCAGUGUUAGGAUUGAAACCGAAAGAGGUUUUUGUUUUUACCUUCAGUAUGGUGGUUGAACGCAGCUUGCAUGAGACUAAACUGUCUGUUUAGUAGACCGAGUCCUCAGCAUGGGAGUAUAAAUUGACACAAAAAGCAUAGUUACUUCAGAAGGCAAAUUAUUGUGAGGGCACCAAAAACUGAUUUGAUGGAAAAGCCCCAAAUCUACCACUACCUGAUGAAAGAAUUUCACAUGGGAUUUAAAAAAAUAUUAUGAAAACAAUGCAGCUUAGUCAAAUGUUUUGGUCAUGAAGCCUUUUGGCUAGAUUGUAAUGUUUUAAGAAUUGUAAAACAUGAUGGCCAUUUAAUGGUUAAAAAAGUGGUGACGCAAUGACUCGAUAUGAUGGUACAUGAUUAAUGUUGUAAAAUAUUUGUAUCAUCUAAUUUUACAGUAUUUUGAUGCACUUCAGUGACACCGAUUGCUCUAUGCAAUUUUAUAAACAAUUUAAAAUCCACGUGAAUAUUUUAGACGUUGAUUAUGCAGCAUGGUAAUGGAUGCUUUUUUUUAUAUUGAGAGGUACAAGCUGCAUGUAUUCAAAAAAGUGCCGACAGAGGGCAGACGUGAGCUUUCUUUUAUGCAAUUCUUCCUACCAAAAUAAAGAGGCUCCCUUAAAAGGCACGUGUCCUUUAUAACAGACGUUUUAAUAUAAAAAGAAAAUGAUCUUCACUUUUAUUAAAUCGUUUAUUUUCCUACAUUUUACUUUUUGUAUAAUUUGUGGUCGUUUGUUUUUACAAAUAUGGCCGUAAAAAUGUAAAGAUAAUCGUUUUACCAUGGAAUGUAAAGCCAUAUAUAAUUGUGUAAUUGUGAUUUUCGUUACCUGUACGUGCGUGGUGACCUUAAAAAAUAUAUAAGCACUCUCUUCAAUCACCCCAAGUGUGUGUUGGGCAGUGCACAGCAGGCAGCCAAAACACAUCAUUCUCACACUGAUUGUAUCACAAUUGGUAGAAAUAGUACAUCUCGCUCACAUCAGUCCAACAAUACCAAUUUAUGACCAUGUGCCUGUCACAAAGCAAGCAAUCUUAUACGGUCUCUGAAUCAUCAUUUUUGCAAACACUGCCCCCCCGCAUGCCAUCACCUCUCUAGGGACAAUAAUUCAGGUCACGAGUGAUGAGUGAAUUCAAUGGGAAAUAUGAAAACAUGACAGCAGUGCCAUUCCUUAACAUCUUUUCUGCAGCUUUGUGUCAGCUGUCUACAUAGGACAGCAAUAAUUAAUCAUCUUCAACUAAGUUGAAUAGCACAUGCUAUAUUAAUACAAUUACACCAUUGCGACAAAUAUCACCUUUUUACCACUGCUUGGCCAGAUACAAGGCGUUAUAUGUAAUACAAAAAUAAAUUGAUAGGCCACUAUAUCAUAAAAAAUAUAUAUAUAUCCUCACCGUAGUGUGUUUAAGUGCCGUACAUAUUUCACGAAUAAUUAUAAUAAUUUUCAUUGUGAAAUGCGACGGCGCAGUUCCAUCACCUAUGGUGUAAAUGCCGCCACGGUUUCAGAUCAUUGAUGACCCCACGUGGUUGUGGAUAAUUUGCAGGGGGAAGCCUAACAUCGACGUUUGGGCGUACUCGUAAACAUGCGGGUUGGUACAGCCUCUCCUCGGCAGUUUGACGAUUCAACCACAUAAUAAACGAUCUUGUUAAAAAAAAAAACAUCAGCAAGCCGGCUGCUGAUGUUGGGAGUCCGUGACCACACAUACAGAUGAGCGAGUGGAAAAUCCUCUUUGAUGGCAUUGAUCGUGAUGUAUAACCAAUUGGCUGGAGUUGUGAAGUGGCCAGCGGGGGACCCAGAGUUUUAUGGGAGCUGGGUUUUAGGUGCACAAACUGCUGCUCAGGUCCCCCAAAAAUAAUGAUAGACACGGCACUGUGGUGCAGAUAGGGGAAAAUCACCUGCUCAAUCCGUCAUGUGCACCAGCCUGCCACCGAUUAGAAAAACCCAUCAGGGCGCUGUCGUUGUGAUGGGCAUCAAUUUGUACUUUUUAUUCUUCAUAUAAAACCUCUGUCCUCACUCAGGGCAGGCGACGUGCCCUGCCAAGCUGCUAUCGCCAUGUAAAAACAUUUCAGGAUUUUUUGUUGAAAUUUCUGGUGAAGCACCGGAUUUAAAAUUUCACUCUAGAAACUAACGUGAUUCUGAUGGCAAAAUUAUUGAUUCUUGUGGCAUGAAUUUAAGAAACUUGGACAUGCAACCACGUUAGUGCGAUCAUGCGGUUUAUAAAAAAUAUUCUUGAGGUCAUUGGGGUACAUGCUUUAAUUUCUAAAAGAUGACAAUGGUUAAUUAAAAUAUUCUGAACUUUUACAAUGUUUGGUGAAUAGAAUAAUGAGAACUAAAUGUGACGCAUCAAAGCUACCGUGAGGUUUUUAAAGGAGUAUACCUGGGAAACAGGUGUGUCUUGUUAACACAUUUUUAAGCCAGUACCUAAUAUAGAACUGUUUUACACAUUACUGAAACAAAAUAUAUGCAUGGCACGUGAUUUGGCAGAACAAAUGGGCUCGUGUGAUUUGCCCUGUAAUAUUAAAGUAUUUUCAUAUGUUGUC